AUGGCAUUUUGGAACUCAUCAUCUUCAUCUUCAACUACUACUGAUGCAUCCACUUCCCCAGCAUCAUCAAAAUCACAACAAAUUAAAACAGAACUUCAAAAUCAAAUUAGUCAAGAAUUAGCAGCUGCUAAUGCAACUGAAUUGGUUAGAACAAUAACAGAAAAUUGUUUUGAAAAAUGUAUUUUAAUUCCAAAAGAUACUUUAUCUCCAAAUGAAUUAACUUGUAUUGCUCAAUGUAGAGAAAAAUACAUGAGAUCUUGGAAUGUUAUUUCAAAGGCUUAUGUUGGUAGAAUUCAACAAGAACAAAAUCAUUAA